AUGCAACAAGAUCGAGCAACACAAACUGAUAGACAACGUCGAUCCCGGGAAUUCUUCGGUUUGACAGUGAAAGAUAUUCUAAUAUUGAUUACCUCACUAAUUCUUCCUCUUUUUCUUGGUAUUUUCAUUAUUAUAACUACAACAAAUUAUCAAAAAGAAGCUAUUCGACAAAGCAAAAGAGAUUCCUCACUCCGAGAACAAGAAUGGCAAAUCGAAAGUAGUCGAAAUGAACGACAAUGGAACAUUGCUAACAAAAAAAUCAAUUCCAACAAUAUAUCGCACAUGAAAAAUACCGUGACGAAAUACUGA